GGGGGCGGGGCGAAGGACGGAGGGAGGGCGGUGCUGCGCCUGCGCGGAGAGGCUUCCAGGGUCUGGGACGCGGCGCGCCGAUCUAAGUGACUGGAGGCAAGAUGCAGGACCCCAAUGCAGACACCGAGUGGAAUGACAUCUUACGCAAGAAGGGCAUCCUGCCCCCGAAGGAGAGCCUGAAGGAACUGGAAAAGGAAGAAGCAGAGAAGGAGGAGCAGCGACUCCUUCAGCAGUCAGUGGUGAAAACUUAUGAAGACAUGACUUUGGAGGAGCUGGAGGAGAAUGAGGAUGAGUUCAACGAGGAGGACGAACGUGCCAUCGAGAUGUACCGGCAGCAAAGGCUGGCUGAGUGGAAGGCGACUCAGCUGAAGAACAAAUUUGGAGAAGUGUUAGAGAUCUCAGGAAAGGACUACGUUCAGGAAGUCACCAGAGCCGGCGAGGGCUUGUGGGUGAUCUUACACCUGUACAAGCAAGGGAUUCCCCUCUGUUCCUUGAUAAACCAGCACUUGAGCGGACUGGCCAGGAAGUUUCCCGAUGUGAAAUUUGUCAAAGCCAUUUCAACGACCUGCAUCCCCAAUUACCCCGACAGGAAUCUGCCCACGGUGUUCGUCUACCUGGAGGGGGACAUCAAGGCCCAGUUCAUUGGCCCUCUGGUGUUCGGCGGCAUGAACCUGACGAGAGAUGAGUUGGAGUGGAAACUAUCGGAGUCAGGAGCAAUCAAGACAGACCUGGAGGAGAACCCCAGGAAGCCGGUGGAAGAUGUCUUGCUGUCCUCAGUGCGAGGCUCUGUCCCCAUGAGAAGGGACAGCGAUUCCGAGGGCGACUAAGAUAACAGCCACUGUUCCUUUUUGAACUUUCUUGAUAGGACGUAUUGUCUGGAUUUAUAAUAAGGAGGAAAAAGCAAAAAUUUAUCGUAUUUUGGUUUUUAACCUUUUUAUAAUUAUUUAAAUUUUAUACAUUCAGAAAUCAUCGCUGGAAAUUUUAUUAAAUUUCUUGGAACUCUUUUUAAAUUAAUAAUGUUUCUUUAAGAAAAAUUUAAACAAGCUUUAUGCCAAAUAUCUGUUUUCCUACAUGUAUUUCAGCAAACCAUGAAACUGUUUAGUAUUUUUUGACAUGCAACUGUGUAGAAAAGAAUAUGGAGUUGGUUUUUUUUGUUUGUUUGUUAAUAAUAUGAAUAAAUUAACUGUUUAAAGAAUAACU